AUGCGCGACUCGACAGUUGAAGAUUCAUUCUCCUACUGCAGUGGGUUCAAUGUUAUCGAAACGACGCGAUGGUGGCAUGGCUCCGGCAAGACUAUUCAUAUAUGUUUAUGUGGCUACCACAAUAACAACAACAACAAUAAAUGCCCCGCUGCCAUGGAUGGUAUGGAGCGUUUCGCGUGUCCCACACCCGAUCUGCAGGGUCGGUAUCGUUGCAUAGACGAUCAUGUGCUAUGUGAUGGAUUCAUCGAUUGUCCGGAGGGUGAGGAUGAGGAUCGGAGGUCGUGUAUGUUCUACAAAACGGUCAAAGCCCACCUUGAUGUAUUAGCGGAUGCGUUACUGCGCUGGGCGCGAGGGCGUUAAACCACUACAAUAACACACAUAAACUAACACAACAUAACUCUCGCCUUCCUAUGCAUUAUUGCAAACCAAACCAAAAAACUCACGAAAGCAACAUGAAGACAUAGUUGCAAAACAGCAAACACACAAACAUCUACAAACCAAAAACAACAACGACCACCACCACCGCAUAUGAAUAAUAAAUAUGACCAAGGAAUGGUUUACAAAACCGGAAAAGAAAUAAAUAUUCCUGCAAAAUCAUUAAAACCAACUGAAUCAAUGUACAAGUGUAUAAAAAGAAACCGUAUGUUUGCAUGACACUGAUGGACACAUACUCUUAUAAGCAUUCAUACACACAACCACACACACACAAACAGAUACGAACACCACAUAUGAAAGCCCACAAGUAAGAGAGAGAAGGAGAAA